AUGUCAGGCGCUGCCAAGGCACCGGCGAAGCCGAAACCGCCGAAACCGCCGAAGCCGCCGAAACCACCAGCAAGGACCAACGCUGCAAGCAGUGCCAAAGCAAAGGCGGAAGUUGAGGCAGACAAGUCUGGUGUGGCAGCCUUGACUCCAGCUCAGUUGGAGAGCCUGCAGAAGAAGUAUGAUACGAACAAAGAUGCAUCGUUCACCUUGGCAGAGUUCACCGCCCUCUGCCACGAGCUGGCGGCCUUGCAGAAGACCGCGGUGCCCUCUGACGCGGACCUGGACGAUAUUUUUGACGAGUUUGACAAGGAUCACAGCAACAAGCUCAGCAUGAAGGAGUUCAAUUGGGCCUAUGCCAGCCUCCAGCAGAAGAUGAAGGAGGCUGCAGCAACCAAGAUCCAGGCGAGGGUCCGGGGAAAUCAAGCCAGGAAGGAUGCGCAGGCCACAGGGUCGGCGCCCAAAGUGAAGCCAAAGGCGCCACCUCCGCCGAAGCGAGCAGGGGCCAAAGCGAAGGCCCCGAGCUCCGGCACCUCCGCGCUGUCUCCUGACCAGCUGAACCAGCUCCGGCAGAAGUACGACACCAAUGGGGACAAGAUGCUGACUUUGGAGGAGUUCGACGGAAUGGCUCGGGAGAUUGCGGAGAUGAAAGGCCACAAGCUCCCUCCGGGCAGUAGCCUCAAGGAGGUCUUCGAUGAGUUUGACAAGGACAAGAGUGGGCAGAUGAGCAUGGAAGAGUUCAAUUGGGCCUAUGCGACAGUGCAGCAGCAAGUCGAGGAGGCAGCCGCAGUGAAGAUUCAGGCGAUGUUCCGCGGAAAGCAAGCGCGCGAAGAUGUGGAUGCCUUGAAGAAGACCAAGGCCGGGAUACCGCCACCUCCCAAAGGCAUCGCCGCGGCGAAGUCGAAGGCCCAGGCAAACGCGGCCAAAAGCGGCACCGCGGGCUUGUCCCACGCGCAGAUGGUUGCCAUGAGAGAGAAGUACGACAUCGACGGGGAUCAGACACUGACACUGGCGGAGUUCAAGGGUUUGGCGCGGCACAUCGCCCAGAUGCAGGGGCACAUGCCACCCAGCUACGUGACCCUGGAGGAAAUCUUUGACGAGUUCGACACGGAUUUCACUGGAAAGAUGGGUGGGGAAGAGUUCAACUGGGCCUACGCCACGCUACAGCUCAAAGUGAAGGAGGAAGCUGCGAAGGAGGCCUCGAAAGUGAUUAAGAUCCAUGUGGAACGAGCAGCAGGGCAGAAGCUCGGUCUCGCGGUGGACAGCAAGACCUUGGAGAUCAAAACCAUCAACCCCGACGGCGUCGUGGCACAGUGGAACUACGCCAAUCCUCAGAAGAAGUUGCAGCUUGGAUAUCGGAUCAAGAAGGUGAAUCACAAGCCUGGCAUGGCGGCAUACGCGGAGGAGUUGAUGAACGACGCUGUCAAGGUCUUCGACAUAGAAGCUGUGCCUGGUUCUCGAGCGACGAAGCCGCCGAAGUUCUACUCUGUCAGACUGGAUCGAUCUGGAGGUGGGAAGCUUGGCAUGCAAGUUGAACAGCCCUCCUUGGAGAUUCAGAACCUGGCAGUGGGGGGAUUGGCCUGCAAGUGGAACGAAGAGCAUCCAAAGGAGCGAAUUCGGCCGGGAGACUCGAUUGUCAAGGUCAAUGACAAAGAUGGAAUCCUGGGGUUCAAGGAUGUGAUGAUGAAUCCCAGCGUUGCGGUAUUGAACGUCGUCCUGGCACCUUUGAGCAGGUUUCAUGAUGAAGACGAGGACAUUCCAAGUGAGUCUUCGGUGCUGACAGAUGAAGAGGAGGCCAUGGAGAGGUACAAGGUGAUCAUCCAAGCCAUGCAGGAGCUUUCGGAAGCAGAGAAGAAGCGGCGCACCAAUGCAGAAAAGCGGAGGCUGAAAGCGAUCAAAGCGGGGAAGGAGGUUUUGACCCAGCUGGAGGCGAAUAGCAAGGACUUCUACCGGCAGAUGGCGGGCGCCACGUUGCCGGAAGACCUCACUGUGCAGGAGGAGCAGCUGAGGAGGCAGCGCUUGGCCAUAGAGGAAGCCAGGCGCAACGAGGAGCGCGUCUAUGACUACAAGUCAUUGGCCGCCAGGGAGCCCUCCCUGGGAAGUGAGUCGAGUGUGUAUGGGCGUUCCACAUUCGCUUGCCCGUGUUGUGGGCGACUGUUUCAUGUCUUUGUGGAGGCCGGUCAUCAUUAUGCCGUGGUUGCCCAUGGUGUGGAACUACUUGGCCAAGAUUCCGAGCUACUUCCAGCCCCUGGCCCGCCGGCCGCCGUUGAGGGCAGAGCACCCCAGGCGGUAGCAGACAGACCUCCGCCGCCUUUGGCGCCCAAGGCGGCUGCACCGGCGCCGGCCCCGAAACCGCCGGCGCCGGCACCGGGUGGCGGCGGCGGCGGCGGCGGCUUCUUUUGAGGGG